CUGAUAUUUCCCACCAGGCAACCAUAUCUUUCUCAUAUCACAACUUCAAAUAUUUAAUUAUUUGUCCCACGACAUCGACGCCGUUUAAUAUUGUUUUCUUUCAUAUUAUAUUACCGGCAAAACAUAUUUUAUCCCGUUUAUCAUUAUACUAAUGUUUAUAUACCUAUCUGCGUCUCUCUAUAUAUAUUUUCAAGUGAGAUGAUGCCAUGGACUCUCUCUUUCUCUCUGCAUGAACGAAUUCACAAACAUCACAAUCUCUUUCCAUUUCCGUGAACUAAAAACCUCUUUCUCUUUCUCUCUGUUUCUUUCAAAUUUCCAAAAAUGGAAGGUUUAAGUUUAAGCUCACGCGUGACUCGUUUUCUCUUGCUGUUCGUUUUCUUAGUUUGUUCUCAUAAUUGGCAUCGAGUCCACGCGAGCGAACCGGUUCUAGAGCUAAUGAAAGGCUUCGAGGCUAAACCGGACUCGUCAGUCGAGUUGUUCCAGCCACUCCUCACUGACCCGAGCGGAAACUUUACCUUCGGAUUCUUACGAGUAAACAGGUCACGCCUCUCCCUCGCCGUAACCCACCCGAACUUAACGGAUCCACUCUGGGUUUUCGACCCGACCCGUUCAGCCAGCUGGUCGCAUAAGACGAAACUCAUCUUCAAUGGCAGCCUCGUCAUUUCCGAUCCUUCUUCGAGGGUAGAAUGGUCAACUCAUACCAAUGGAGACCGACUCGUUCUACGUAACGACUCGAAUCUCCAGGUGGUGAAAUCGUCGUCCGUAGAGUGGGAGAGUUUUGAUUUUCCAAGAAACACCCUUGUGGAGAACCAGAAUUUCACAUCUGCCAUGGCUUUGGUUUCACCCAACGGCUUGUAUUCGAUGCGUUUAGGCAGGGAUUUUAUCGGAUUAUACUCUAAAGUCAGCGAAGAUUCUCAACAGUUUUACUGGAAACACAGUGCUCUUCAAGCCAAGGCCAAAGUCAAAGACGGAUCGGGUCCGAUUCUCGCCCGGAUCAACCCGAAUGGAUAUCUCGGUAUGUACCAAAUCGGAAACACUCCAAUCGACGUCGAAGCUUUCAACAGUUUUCAACGGCCGGUCAACGGUCUUCUAAUUCUCCGAUUAGAAUCAGACGGAAAUCUCCGGGGAUAUCUCUGGGAUGGAUCUCAAUGGGCAUUGAACUACGAAGCCAUCCGCGAAACUUGCGAUCUCCCGAAUCCAUGUGGUCCAUACAGUCUCUGCACGCCUGGGUCGGGAUGCUCGUGUCUUGACAACGGCACGGCGGUGAACGGAGAGUGUACUCACGUCUCGACUUCGGAGCCGGCGGAUUUUUGCGGCGGCGAUGAGAAGGUCAAGUUUAAAGUGGUGAGACGUGGAGGCGUUGAAGUGCCGUUUAAGGAAUUGAUGGAUCACAAAACGAUGUCGUCUUUGGGAGAGUGUGAGGGGAUGUGUGUUGAGGAUUGUAAGUGUUUCGGGUCGGUUUAUAAUAACGGGUCCGGGUUUUGUUAUUUAAUUAAUUACCCGAUCCAGACGAUGCUGGGCGUUGCGGAUGCGAGUAAAGUGGGUUAUUUUAAGAUACAUGAGAGUGUAGGAAAGAAAAAAAGUCGAGUGGGGUUGACGGUUGGGAUAUCUGUGCUCGCUGUGCUUGCGUUGGUUUUAACGGUGGCGAUGCUUUUUGUUGCGUUUAGGAUUUGGAGUAGAGAAAAACGGGUACUUGAGGAAGAUGGUGGGUUAUCACCCGGCCCGUAUAAAAAUCUCGGGUCGGAUAGUUUUAGAUCCGUUGAAAUGAGCCGUAGGUGAUAGCUUUUUAGUUUCUUCUCAUAAUCCUUUUUUUUUCUUUUUUUCUCCGGAGGUACUUAUUACACAUAUAUAAAAAGAUAACUCUUUUUUUUUGGUUU